CCCUUUCCGGCGGCCAUGGCCGGGCGCUUCGACCUCCAGGGCAGGCACGGCAAGUCCCGCGUCCGCGUCUCGCGCGUGUGGCGCCGCCCCGCCGCCGACGGGGGCCACCUCUUCGUCGAGUGGAGCGUCGCCGUCAGCCUCGUCUCCGACUGCCUCCCCUCCUACACCUCCCACGACAACUCCGCCAUCGUCGCCACCGACUCCAUCAAGAACACCGUGUAUGUGAAGGCCAAGGAGUGCACGGAGGUGGUGUCCAUGGAGGAAUUCGCCGUCAUCCUCGGAAGGCAUUUCACUUCCCUGUACCCACAGGUCUCGGAGGCGACAGUGACAGUCGUUGAGCGCCCAUGGGAGCGCGUGGUCGUCGACGGGAAACCUCAUUCACAUGGAUUCAAACUUGGUUCUGAAAAGCACAGCACAGAGGUCAUUGUGAAGAAGUCUGGAGGCCUGCUUAUAGACUCUGGGAUACAAGGGUACUCUCUGCUAAAGACAACUCAGUCUGGAUUUGAAGGAUUUGUUAGGGACCGCUACACGCUUCUUCCUGAAACAAGAGAGAGAAUUGUGGCAACAGAAGUAACUGCUUGGUGGAGAUAUCCAUUCGAGCAUGUUUCCCAGCUUCCAUCCAAGCCGUUUUGCUUCACGCAAAGAUACCAGGAUCUAAAGAAAGUUCUGGCAGACACAUUCUUUGGUCCUCCUGAUGUUGGAGUAUAUAGUCCGUCAGUGCAGAAUACAUUAUACCUCAUGGGCAGAGAAGUUCUUACCAGGUUCCCAGACAUAGCAUCGAUUCAGCUUCGGAUGCCAAACCUCCACUUUCUUCCUGUGAAUCUAUCAGGGAAAGAAAAUCCAGGAUUAGUGAAGUUUGCUGAUGAUGUGUACAUGCCGACCGAUGAACCACAUGGAACCAUUGAAGCAACGUUGACCCGUGCCAACUCAAAGCUGUGAUUUCUUUGCUCCUCUCGUUUGCGAGGAAAAGCAGCAAUUUCAACCAAGGCCGGUAGCCAGGUUUAUGAUUUGGUUUGGUUUCUACAAGAUGAAAAUCACCAAUAAACAAAGUGACACGAAGGAAAAGAGCAAGCACAAACCCUUGCGAAAGGGAAAAUGGUGUAAACUUUGCAAACGACUUGUACAUGGCCAGCUAGAGCUUCCACCAUUGUAAAUUAUGUACACUGUUGGUAAAAAUACUCUGAAAUAAACGUUGUGCCUCAUCAA